ACCUGAAGGCCUAUUUAAAGUAACUAAAAGGCCAUGCUAUAUAUGCAAUAAUAGAAGGGCAAAAGAAAAUACUUCAAUUAGAGCCAACGUGAUGGAAAAGAUCUUAUACAUGAAUAUUGGUGAUGGAGAAUCAAGUUAUGGCAACAACUCAUUUCUUCAGGAAAUCGUGAUACAAAAAACACUACCGAUUCUAAAACAUACGACGAUUAAGGCUAUCUCUAAUAAUGAUACCAUCUUGGGUCAGUGUUUUAAGAUCGCAGACAUGGGAUGCUCUUCUAGCAAAAAUACUCUAUUGGUAGUAUCUAAUAUUAUUGAUAUAGUCCAAGAGGGAUGUAAAGAAAAUAACCAUAAAGCACCACAGUUUCAAGUCUUCUUAAAUGACCUUUUUGGAAAUGAUUUUGGUAACAUUUUCAAAAUGCUACCGGAUUUUUAUGCAACGAUUAACAAUGAGAAGGGAACACGUUAUGGCCGUUGUUUUGUUUCAGUUGCUCCUGGUUCGUUUUAUGAUAGAGUUUUUCCGGACCAAAGUUUGCACCUAAUUCACUCCUCUUAUUCAAAUCAUUGGCUUUCUCGGGUACCUGAAGGUCUUGAAAACAAUGCACUGAAUAUAUACAUGGCGAAAACAAGUCCUCCAAAUGUGUUUUACACAUAUGCAAAGCAAUUUCAUUUUGACUUCACAAAGUUUCUGCAAAUGCGAUCUGAGGAAUUAGUAUCUCGUGGAUGUAUGGUUUUAGUAUUUAUCGGUCGAAGUAGUCCCGAUCCUACUAGCGAUGAUUGUUGCAGUUUACUUGGGCUAUUAGCGCAAUCACUUGUCGACAUGGUCAAAGAGGUAGGGCUGGUUCGAGAAUCAGAUGUUAACUCAUUCAAUAUGCCGGUAUAUUUUCCAUGCGAGGAUGAAGUUAGAAAUGUUAUUCAAGAUGAGGGCUCCUUUUCUGUUGAUAAAUUGACUGAUUUCCAUGUCAAUUGGGAUCCACAUGACACAAAUUAUACAAAUAAUGAUCAGCCAAUUAUCACCCAAUAUAGCCACGGGACAAACACAGCCAAAGUGUUGAGAGCUGUUUUAGAACCGUUGUUGACUUCUCAUUUCGGAAGUUUUAACAUUGACGAUUUAUUUACAAGGUAUGGGAAGCAUGUGGCCAAACAUCUAUCUACCAAGAAAACAAGAUACUUUAAUUUAGCCAUUUCAUUGAUCAAACGGUGAACAGAACAAAUACAUGAUAUCUGUUGCCUAGUUUUAGGUUUUUAACCUUGAUAUAUGCAAUGGAUGUACUCUU